AUGAGAGAUCUAUAUGAGUAGUUUAAAUUCCUUAUCUACGUUACGAGGGUUAGCAGUGAUAAGCGAUAUAAUAUCAAAUAUGCAGAUAGACAUCUCGACGAUUAUCUUCAGGUAUAAAAAUUAGAAACUGUUUGGGGGGCUUGCAGAUUAAUUUGGCCAUUUGGGUGGUCUGGUUAAGUGCGGGAGAAAGGAUAAAGGGAUGUUUCGUUACGUGCUCCUUCUGUCGGCCGUGGGGCUAGCAGCAGCGUACACUAACCCUCACUAUGCGGCUGGUCGCUCCACCAUGGUCCACCUCUUUGAGUGGAAGUGGGACGACAUCGCUGACGAGUGCGAGAGGUGGUUGGGACCCAAAGGCUUUGGUGGUAUUCAGGUAUCCCCGCCUAACGAGAACUUAGUGAUUUGGUCCGCAAACCGCCCCUGGUGGGAACGUUACCAGCCAAUCUCCUACCGUCUGGUCACCAGAUCUGGCAAUGAGGCACAGUUCGCUAGCAUGGUCCGACGAUGCAACAAUGCUGGUGUCAGGAUCUAUGUUGAUGCCAUUAUCAACCACAUGACUGGUACAUGGAGCGAGAAUGUCGGUACUGGCGGUAGUACUGCUAAUUUCGGCGAAUGGAACUAUCCUUCUGUUCCCUACGGAAGAAACGACUUCAACUGGCCUCAGUGCGUGAUUCAGGGAUCUGAUUAUGGCUGCUGCCCAGAGAGAGUACGCAACUGCGAGUUAUCAGGUUUAAAAGACUUGAACCAGGGAUCAGAAUACGUUCGUGGGAUGAUUGUCGGCUACAUGAACCAUCUCAUUCAGUUGGGUGUUGCUGGUUUCAGAAUUGACGCUGCCAAGCACAUGUGGCCCGGUGAUUUAAAGAUUAUCUACGACAGGCUGUCUAACUUGAACACUGACCACGGCUUCUCAUCUGGCGCUCGCCCUUACAUCUACCAGGAAGUCAUUGACCUUGGUGGUGAAGCUAUCUCUCGUGACGAAUAUACUUCUCUUGCUGCUGUCACAGAAUUCAAAUAUGGAAUGGAGCUAAGUGGAGCGUUUAGUGGAAGAAAUCAGCUAAGAUGGCUCGUUAACUGGGGCCCGCAAUGGGGUCUUCUUGCUCAUGAAGUCUCAUUGACUUUCAUUGACAACCACGACAAUCAAAGAGGUCAUGGUGCUGGUGGUGCUAUCCUUACGUACAAGGAAGCCAAGAAGUACAAGGGCGCUAUUGCUUUCAUGUUGGCGCAUCCCUAUGGUGAACCUCAACUGAUGAGCAGCUUUGCAUUCACAAACACUGAAGCUGGACCACCAAUGGACAGCCAGGGCAAUAUCAUUUCUGCAUCUAUUAACUCUGACAAUUCUUGCGGCAACGGUUGGAUUUGCGAACACCGCUGGCGCCAGAUCGCCUCGAUGGUUAACUUCAGAAACGCUGCUGCCGGCCAUGGUAUCAAUGACUGGUGGGACAACUCAAGCAACCAGAUUGCGUUCUGUCGAGGUGGUCAGGCCUUUAUCGCUUUCAACAACGAUAGCUGGGACUUGAACCAGACUCUCCAGACCUGCCUGCCAGCUGGAACCUACUGCGACAUUGUCUCCGGUGAAAAACAAGGAAACAGCUGUACUGGCAAGACUAUUCAAGUCGGCAAUGAUGGACGUGCGCACAUCAGCGUUGGUGCCAACGACUACGAUAUGUUCCUUGCCAUCCACGUCGGCACUGACUCUCGACUGUAAAAUGAUACGGAAAUAAUACUUCAGAAGUUCUGAAAAG